CCUGUUCGGGAAAAAAAAAUUGAAGGUCUCGCGACCUCAUGUGGUCUGUGAGACCCUGACGGCCACGAGAGAGCACGAGCUCCUUUGGUUGUGUUUGUUCCCCUGAGCAAGCGGCAGUUGGUGGAUGAUGGCGCCAAGCCCAGCUGCCGGGCCGGCCCCGGCCUGGCCGUCGAGCAGCCACCUGCGGCGCGCCGGCGGCGUCCUCCAGCCCAUCUCCGGCUCGCGCGUCCCGCUGCAGGGACCGAGGCGCCGCCACCGGCGUCUCCCGGGCGGCGUCGUUCGAGCUGCGCCGGACGCGCCGCCGGUGGUCAGGGCGGCCGUCGGCGCCGUCACCGAGCUCCUCCGAACCAUUGCCCCAAACAAGACGCCCAGGGACGCUGCCGAGCAGGGUGAGGCGCCGGACCCGCCGCCGUGCGGCAGCGUCGAGGAUGUGCUCGCCUUGCUCGAAGACGACUACCGGCGCGCCUACUUCCUCACCGGGGAUUUCACUCCGGGCAUAUACACUGAAGAUUGCUUGUUUGAGGAUCCGACGAUAAAGUUUCGGGGACUAUCUAGAUACUCUCAGAAUCUGGAUCUACUAGUACCAUUCUUCGACAGCCCUUCGCUUGAGCUCGAGAACAUUGAAAAGGGUUUGAGGGUUGAAACAAAGUUCGUCAAAGCAACAUGGAAACUGAGGACAUAUUUGAGGCUUCCCUGGAGGCCUUUGAUUGCGAUUAGAGGGAACACAACCUAUGAUCUGAACGAAGAUUACAAGGUGGUUCGGCACUCUGAGAGCUGGGACGUCUCUGCGCUCGAGGCCAUCAGCCAGAUAUUCGUGUCUGCUCCGGAGCAGCGGAAAGGCAGCUGAGGCUGAAGCAGAAACUGCAAUGCGCAUGAUCAGAAAUGUGCAAAGCUGUCUGCUAGAGCUCCAUUUUGAGAAACCAGCAAUGUUGAAAUCAUCGUUUUCUAGCGUGUGAGGACAAGGCAGCAGAUCAAGGGAUUCUGUAAGAAACAAACUGGGCGAACAGUACAGUAGGUAAGAUGAAAUGUGUCACAUCGAUUGGCCUUUGAAGACUUGUACUUUUCCAAGUUGCAAAAAAAAAAACAGCUCUAUUUUCUUUCUUCCUUUUUU